AUGGACACAGUGGAAUACCCAUGGGGGAACCAGAACAAUCUGGUCUCAAGCUUAGAUCUUCUAGAGGAAGAAGCUCUUCGCGAGGCGAAUAAACAUGGUCCGCACUGGAACCGAGACAAGCAUCUUCUCGUUGAGGGUGAACCUGCCGCUACAGUCCCAAGGGAAGUGUCAAGAAUAUCCCCGCGAAAGCCCCACAUGGUGGCAAAGACUUCAACUCGACGCAGACUCAGUAAAAGACGUGGCAGAAAUCGGAGCACCAAUAAUGCAGAGGAAGAAGAAGAAUCCAGAAGACAUUUGCAGCUCGAAAAUGAGCGACUUCAGCAAGAAAUUGCACAGUGGAAGCGUGAGGUGGCGCACGCCCGCGACGAAAAACUCGAGUUGGAAGCCUCAUUUCGACGACUAGACCAAGAGAUUGGCAAUGGAUAUCAUCUCACAGAGCGCAAAGAGAAAGAACUUCGUAUCGCGGAGCUUGUGACCAAGAAUCAAAAGAUGUCACAACUAUUGGAAAAGGAGCUCCAGAGUCAGGAGGAACUUCGUCGAGCGCAUACAGAGUUGCAAGGUGAACACAGGAAGCUAACAGAGCAGGUGACACUGCUCAAUCAAGUACUCGACAGUGUGGAAGCAAAGCAUUCAGAGCUGUCCAACUCCCAUAAAACACUUACCGCUAGCUACGAGGCAGCUCAGAAAACAAUUGAGACGCUGCAAAAGGAGAUACUCGUUCUGCAAGACAAAGUAUCAACCACCGACGCACACGUACAGCUGAUUACUGAGUACGAAGGCAAGAUUCAACAAUGGGAGCGCACCUGUCGUGAGCUGGAGCAAAAGUGUGAGAACAAAAAUCAAAAGCUCAAGCAACUUCAGAAGAUUACGAGUGCAACUCAGCAAGAAGCUCAACUAGCUCUCGAUCGACAAGAAGAAUUGGAGCAGGAACUACGCAAUGCACAUGACCAAGUAAUUCAAACUAACGCCGCCAUAAGGACAAUGGAAGCCAAACUUGAGGCGAGUCUGAAGGCCGGCGGCAGUCAAGAUUCGCUUCGCCGGAUCCGCCAAUUGGAGGGAGAACUGCUGCAUAUGAACCGAGCAAACGCAGAGCUCAUGCAGACCUGUAACCAGCUCCUUAGUUCCCAAAAGCGGUCUGGUUCUGGAAGGAUAUCUCUUACAACCAGAAAUGGCCAGACGAUGGCUAGUCAAGUGGCCAAAUUGACCACGAGAAUUACAUCGUUGACUGAUAAAUUACGUGCGACGGAAGAAGCUCGUGAUCAAAAAGGCCGCAGUUUAGACAUCCUCAUGCAGGCAUUCCCCUUCUUGUUGCGCAGGUUAGACGCGAUGCAGGACCAGCUGGCUGCCGCAGUCGAAUCCAACGACAUUUUGCACAAGGCUCUAGAGAUGAAAGACACAGGCACCGUCAACAAUGAAACCGGAUUGAGCGGUGCUAUGUAUCUCCACUUAGCGCGGGACAAGUAUUUGCUAGAAGCCCCGUAUCCACUUGAAUUGCUCGCUGAUCAAACCGGGGCAAAAGUUCUAAGUGGAUACCCUGAGCCUACAACCAGAGCAAAGGCAAAGAAGUUUUCUCCAUUCCGAGUCACGUGCAGUGCCUUGAAACCUAAGGACAACCAACGCGAAGAAGGCAGUGAAAAUCAAGCUGAUCAACUUGUCACGCUUAUCGCCAGUUCGAACGAUACCAGUGGUGCGUCAUACUUGAGUCGAAGUAAGACCAAUGCGUUCCUAGAAGUGAUCCAAUGCAGCGCUGCAAGGAAGAAGUUCAAGACCCUUGUCAUCGGUAAACUAGCCGAGUAUAUGAAUAAACUUCGCGAACUGGCACAUCGAUCCGCUUCAGAGGCUGCAGCGCAGCAAGCGUCGAUCCAAAUGUUACGGCGCGAGGUCGUAGAGCUCCAGCACCGACUGAAAAACGCUCAUAGUGAUAAUAACAACAUCGAUCAGGGGGCUAUGACAAAGAAGGAUUCUUAUAGGACUCGACAAUUCCUCCUGAAAAUCGUGGAUGUGUACGCCGACAAGCAGCUGGAAAACGAUCAUCGUCAAAUGACUUUCGUAACGCAACCAAUGUCCAGUGAUAUGCUCAUCACCAACACACACAACGAGAACUAUAGGACUUCUGAUGACCGUCUGUUGCUUUCUGAAAGCGAUCUGAGCGAUGAUGAAGUGGGUCAGCUUUUACUAAAGAUUUCGGUGAGUGGUGUGAGAUUCCGUGAGAUCAACUUCGACUCAAAUAACCUCUCGGAUCUUGGAGCUCAAUACGUGGCUGAUUUCGUGGAGAAAUCCCAUGUUAAUGUUCAGAUUGUGAGUCUCGCUGGCAACAAACGCAUAACACAUCGCGGGAUCGAAUUGAUCAGGGGAGGUUUGCUCAGAAAUCAACGUGUACAGCGUGUUUGCGAGGAUGAAAAUGUGUUAAAUGGUGGUAUUAAUCUUCGGGGUCUUGCGAUUGGCGCCGAUUUCGACGUUAGUGGCAAUGCCACGGAAAUUCUUCGCGUCAUCCUGCCGAUUGUACCUGAAACUGAAGAAUCUGAAGGAGAAUUGAAGACUACUACGCCUGAAGCCGUCGAUGCCAUGAUGGGAAAACUCCGUCAGCUAGGCGUCUUCACGUCCACGAUCCGCUCCUUACGGCAGUACGAGGCGCUUCGAGCUCCGUUCUCGAAGCUCAUCAAUCAGCAAGAGAGCUCCGGCUCUUACCAACGCCAGCAUUAA